ACCACCAUCCACACUCAAAAAACACCACACACUCUUCAAUACACAUUCCAUAACCACCACAACAACAAUGGCCAAGCUCACCAUACUAGUAGCCCUCGCCCUUUUCCUCCUCGCUGCCCACGCAUCUGCGAGGCAGCAGUGGGAACUACAAGGAGACAGAAGAUGCCAGAGCCAGCUCGAGAGGGCGAACCUUAGGCCCUGCGAGCAACAUCUCAUGCAGAAAAUCCAACGUGACGAGGAUUCAUAUGGACGGGACCCGUACAGCCCUAGUCAGGAUCCGUACAGCCCUAGUCAGGACCCGGACAGACGUGAUCCGUACAGCCCUAGUCCAUAUGAUCGGAGAGGCGCUGGAUCCUCUCAGCACCAAGAGAGGUGUUGCAAUGAGCUGAACGAGUUUGAGAACAACCAAAGGUGCAUGUGCGAGGCAUUGCAACAGAUAAUGGAGAACCAGAGCGAUAGGUUGCAGGGGAGGCAACAGGAGCAACAGUUCAAGAGGGAGCUCAGGAACUUGCCUCAACAGUGCGGCCUCAGGGCACCACAGCGUUGCGACUUGGAAGUCGAAAGUGGCGGCAGAGACAGAUACUAAACACCUAUCUCAAAAAAAGAAAAGAAAAGAAAAGAAAAUAGCUUAUAUAUAAGCUAUUAUCUAUGGUAAUGUUAGUUUUGGUAAUAAUAAAGAUCAUCACUAUAUGAAUGUGUUGAUCGUGUUAACUAAGGCAAGCUUAGGUUAUAUGAGCACCUUUAGAGUGCUUUUAUGGCGUUGUCUAUGUUUUGUUGCUGCAGAGUUGUAACCAUCUUGAAAUAAUAUAAAAAGAUCAUGUUUUGUUUUGGCGAGUA